UACCGGCCGUCUCCCAUGCCCUCUCCCAUGACGACGACCUGGAAUUGGAGUCUACACUUAACUAAUCAAAGCAGCCCGGUCCGUUGCUUCGGAUGCUCUUGCGGCUUUCUGCUCUCCAAAAUACAACUAGGUGCUUCAAGACAGUAGUCAAAUGCCUAGGAGCAAACCUACAGGAUCUCGCAUUCGGUACACAACGCAAUAUAUUGCAUGACCUAGUAGGCUCAGCUGCCCAACGGACGGCCUUGUGGAAUCUGGCUGGCUGCAACCAUCGCUACGCAGCUCUGCUGGCUGCUCUUGACGGGGAUGGAGAUGAGCUCACUAUGUUACGGUUCGCGUUGGGUUGUCUCAGCGAGAAUCAACGGUCCGCUGUCUUGCAAAAGGACUUUCCUGGCCGUUUACCUCUACAUUACGCAGCAGAAGCCGGCCUUGCAGAUGUUUGUAGUCUUCUUGAAACAAUGGACGCUUGGAAUAUUAUUCGCCCAUUUUCAACCUCUUCCAAGACCAAUUUUGCCGAUAUGGACGGCAAGACACCACUACAUCUCGCUGUCAUCAACGGUCAUGAGCAAGCUGUCAAAGUGUUGUCGGCCUCGCACGAGUUGUCGCGUUUGAGCAUCGAUACAGAUUCAGUACUCGGCGACUCGCUAGCUUCUCUCCUACAAAUCUCUUUGCUGUACUCCUUCACCGGCAUAGCCCAGACUUUGUUAGGUACACGACGUGUAAAUGUUAACUAUCGGGAGCUUAAUGGAGAGACUGCCCUUUUCAUCGCUGCUCGUGGAGGUUCUGCAAAGCAUAUCCAAAUGCUAAUCGACAUGUCUCCCAUCGAUGGCCCGAAUCCUAGUGUGGCUGAGCCUUCCUACGGUUUCACGCCGCUGAUAGUGGCCUGUGUCUACGGGCAGCUAGAGGUGGUGAAGAAAUUUCUGAGGCUGGGUGCUGACACAAAUCAGAAAGACAUUUUUGGCUGGACAGCCCUGGAUUAUGUUGCCUUUCGAGGCUUUUGGGAGAUAUCGAAGCUCCUACCACCGUCUAUCUCGAGCUCUUCAUCACGCAUUCCCAAGGUCCCAUUGCCAAAAACGAAUGCACAUGCACCAUGCCCCCUAGACCUGACCCGUAUCUUCGUCAACCUUGGUUCACUGAACACUCGCAGGCCUCGAAAACCUGUUGAUUUGGCACCAUUUUUGUCGAGAUAUCCGCACAAUCCUUAUCCAGAAGUUGGAUAUUCCGUCCAAGUAAAGGGAGUAGGAGUCAAAGGACCAGAAGUUACCGUAGAGCUACCAGUGCUUGAUGAUGCUACAAACUAUCCUCUUUUGUUCCAUACACCCGAUCCGCGAAACGCAAAGUUGACUUUCAAAAUCCUACGCCAAAUCUCGAAAUCACCGGAUCAUCCUAUUCAUGUAGGUACUGCCAUUGCCCUUCUGGAGGAACUUAGGGACGCGCUAGGACCAGGUCGUGAAAGCUUAUACAGAGAUCACACGGUGCCCAUUAUUGGAUGUGAGACGCCAGACAUCAUCGGGACUCUGACACUGAACUUCCUCCUUGUGAAACCGUUCCCUGACCCGCGCGAGCCCUACACUCAAAAUACGGAACCAUGGAGUGCAAAUGGUUCAACCAGGCUUAUAGGACAUAGAGGCCUAGGGAUGAACUCACCCGCCUUCAAACGCCUACAGGUUGGAGAGAAUACUAUACAGUCAUUCAAAUGCACCAUCGACUUGGGCGUACCCUCUGUUGAGGUAAAUGUGCAACUCACUCGAGACCAUAUUCCAGUAAUAUAUCACGACUUCCUUCUGAGUGAGAGCGGCGCGGACAUUGCUCCGCAUAAUCUUACCCUUGACCAGAUUGGCUUCAUGAACAUUAGCGACAUGCAGCGGCCAGUACCCCCAUCGCAGGACAUAGAAUCUGGUGCGUACACGUAUCAAUCUCCAACCUCUCUACUCCGUCGUCAUCGAUCGCAAUCUUUCGACAACUCCGAUGACCUUCGAGCUCGGGAUUUUCUCAAUCGUUUGAAACACACCCAUGAGUUCAAACUCAAAGGGUUCAAGGGGAAUGUUCGAGGCGCUCAUAUCCACGACCCAUUUGUCACUCUGGAAGAGCUGCUGUUAGCUCUGCCUGAGAAUGCUGCCCUAGACCUUGAAUUUAAAUACCCAAUGCUCUGGGAAGCCGAAGACUGGAAAAUGGACCUCUAUGGAGUGGAGUUCAAUCUCUACGUCGAUACAAUCUUGGACCUGGUCUACAAGCAUGGCAAAGCCCGACCUAUUCUUUUCACAACAUUCAGCUCGGAAAUUUGCAUCCUGCUCUCCCAUAAGCAACAAACAUACCCAGUGAUGCUCCUAAACGAAUCCAACCUCUUUCCUACGGGCGACGUACGUGCCAGUAAUCUGCAAGAAGCUAUUCACUUUGCGCGCCACUGGAAUCUUCCAGGAAUUGUCAUGUCAUCGGAGCCCUUCGUCUCAAGUCCUGUGCUAGUGUGGUUUGUCAAGGAUGCAGGAUUAUUAUGCUUGUCUUUUGGAAUGCUGAAUAAUGAUCCAGAGAGCGCGAGGAUUCAAGCUACAGCAGGCCUGGAUGCCAUCAUUGUCGAUGAUGUGGCGUUGAUUAAGAGCACGUUCAGAGACUCCCGGGCCUCUACAGAUUCUGCAAAGAUGGCUUUGGAGAACGACGAAAGUGGGACUAACAAAAAAGCUUAA